ACCCGAAGUAAAUAUUUUCUUUAAAAAAACAGGGAAAUAAAAACCGUGGUGGUGUUUUUUUUUCCGCUAGUGACCUUUCUCCAUUCACAAGAUUUCAUAAUAUUAUCUCAAUUGUGUCUGAUAAAAACACCAUAAUCUGUCUUGUCAAAAUGCUUCCAUUUAGGUACAGGAUUACAAAUUUCUGAGUAAUAGCUGCAUUGGUUGCUCAACAUACAGAGGAGGUGUUUUUCGCAUUUAGUGUGCUAUAAAUUCCACAAAAUAUCUUAAAUCCGAUUAUACGAACAGCAUUUAGUUUAAUUAAGGUUCUAAAUUUGAGCAACUUCACCUUUAGUUCAAGAUCUCGAAAUAUAAGAAAUACUAGUUUAGAAAUAGAUAAUAAUCAAAAUACCAGGCGAGAUUACCCAGUAGUUCUUUGCAGUUUUCAUAGGUGUCAAAGUUGAACGCCGGCAUGCGGAAGCAGAUAUACGUUUGUCAAAAGUGUGGUGUACGUGAGAUCGAACCGGUAUUUAAAAGGGAUGUUUUAUAGAAAGGUUGAAGUAGGUCAAAGAUCAUUUCCCCAGGGUGAAAGAAAAGCGUUAAAGAGAGACAGAAAGAUCUAAUUUUUAUCCUUAGUAGAUGCUGGUUUAGGAAAGCCUUAAAUUAAACAAGACUUUGAAAAUUCCAGUGCUAAACACAUUUUUGAAUCUGAGAAUAUAUUUUAUAUAAUUGUUUAUUUUAUUAUUGGAUCUGUGCUGCAGAACUGGGUAACCACGUCACAUAAUUCUUAUGGACCAAAAUCAGUACUAGAAAGGAGAUCAUUUAAUGUGUGUUUGAAACAGGGCCAGUAGUCUCCUGUACCAUAUUUGGACUGUGGUAGCACCGUCUUCAAUGAGGUACAGAGUGGACUUGUUACCAGUGAGGUAUGGGACACGCUGUUAUCUUGCUCAGGUAUCGGGAAACCUCAGACCAGAUGUCCUUCCGUUUCGAUUUUAUUGUGCUCAGAACCCGAAGGAAGCCGGUGGAAAGCUACCACUGCAGUCCGGUUUGCAAAAGUUUGCUAAUAUAAGCAGACAGUGGGGGCAGAGUUCUGUCAAGGGAGCUUCAGCCGCCAUCAACAACUGGUGGGAGAAAUAUGAGGAGUUUGUGGGGCUGAAUGAAGUCCGAGAUGCACAGGCAAAAGUCACAGAGGCGGAGCAGGCGUUCAUGGUGGCCAGGGGGAUAGUGCGGGAAGCCCACGAGAGCCUGGAGGCCCUGCAGGUGAGGCUGAAGGAGGUCCGCGACCGGCUGGACCGCGUGUCCAGGGAAGAGGUGCACUACCUGGAGCUCGCCACGCUGGAACACAAGCUGCUGCAGGAGGAGCGUCGCCUCCGUACGGCCUACAGGAACGCAGAGGAGGCGGAGCGGGAGAAGUUUGCCCUGUUCUCGGCCGGGGUGCGGGAGAGCCACGAGAAGGAGCGAGCCAGGGCUGAAAGGACAAAAAACUGGUCCGUCAUCGGCUCGGUGCUGGGGGCCCUGAUCGGAGUGCUGGGGUCCACCUACAUCAACAGAGUCCGUCUGCAGGAGUUGAAAAGCCUCCUCCUGGAGGCUCAGAAGGGACCUGUGAGCCUCCAGGAAGCAAUUAAGGUGCAGGCCAGUAUACAUGAGUCUCAGCAGGAGGAGCUCGGCGGUCUCAUUAAUAGCCUGAGGGGCACUUUGCAAGGACCAAAGCCAGCCGAUAAGGCAGGGACAGCUGCAAUCAAGAUACUUCCAAGUGCCUCUGAUUCGGACUUAAAAGAACAGUUGCUUUUCAGCAAGAAGAUCCAUGGUUUGAUUGAAGGCAUCCAGCCUCAGUUAAGAAAACUGGAGCAUGAGAUGGGGAAGGUGGCAUCUGAGCUCCAAACAGUAAAGGUGGUCAUUAGGUCUCGCCCAACAGAGAACCAGCUUUUAAAGUCCCAGGAUGUGCAACCCUAUGAUACAGAGGGCAUCAUGCUGGAAUUGACCCAAUCAGAAAAGAGACUAGAGGCACAAAUAAACAGGAACACUAUGUACAACACAGUUUUAACAUACACUGCUUUUGCACUAACGCUUCCUGUGCUGUACCUCAUCUUUAAAAGCAACUGAAACAGAAUUGAGGAAUUCUAGAUAAUCUGACUAUUCCUUUCAAUUAGUAUGUGCAUAAUCAAUUUACAGCACUAGAUAAUGAAUCAUCUUCUGUGAAUCUCUUACAUGAAACAUCUCACAAUAGAGACUGGUAUGUCAAAAGUGAAACAUUGUUAAAUCAUUCUUGAAAUAAAAGCUAGUAACAUUA